UGAAUCCCCUCUCUAUUUUAAUCUGCCCUCUGCGUUGCAUGAAUGCCUCAGUUCAGCUGUCGCAGAGGGAGGGAGAUUUUCAGAGAGGUGUCCUUGAAAACUUAGUCUAGUUUGAUUCAGGAGGGGGAACGAGACUGGUGGCGGUCGGCUUCUACUGGAAGAGAAAGAUUCAAACUGGGAGAAGAAGGGAGAGAGAUGGUCUUUGAUACUGGAUUGUGAGGGAUUACAACCUGGCAUUGGUUCAAACAGGGAUCCUAAAAUAUUUCAUCAAGAUCUCGAUUAGAUUUCUACACGGUUCCUUUGCGGUGUUGCAACAACUAUCCCGGAGGAUUUCCACAAGAUCUAGACAGGAUUUUUCAAUGACACGCCUACAGACUUCCUAUUACUGGUCCAGCAGAAUCUUGCAAGAUUCCUACAGUAGUAAUACUUCGAGAUUCAUGCAAUAGCCGUGAACAUUUCCUACAGAACUAACAAGAUUCCAGCUUCGAAAGGAUUCCAGAGAUUCAGAAAAAAACACCUUGCACACGCUGACACACACUGAAACAACACACACACACACUGAAACACAACACACAGUGAAACACAACACACUGGAUUCACACUCAUUGACUCGGUUACGCUCUGAUUCGCACAUGCUUGUAAACAGCUGGGAGGGAUUAGUAGCGAUGUUCUGAGCUUCUGACAAGUGUCCUUUUAACUUCUAACCAGCGUCAGGGAGAGAGAGAGAGAGGGGGGGGGUCUCCUAUUCUAGAAUACAAAGGCAGUGAGUUCAGGACUAGAACAGGAACGCAGACCGCACAACCCCUCCUGUGCGGGUUCUGGAAGCCACAGUCUCCUCACUGGUUCGCUGAGAGACCAGUUUGCCCUUUCCAUCAUUCCCAGUGCCCCCCGACUGGUGUGAGCUGCAGAGAUGGUUCUGGAGCGGCCGGUGGUGCUGCUCAGCGAGCUGGUGGCCCGUUGCCUCGGUAACGCUCACUUCCGCCGGCACUUUCAUCUGUGGGUAGCGCUGCUGAUCCUGCUUGGGCCGGGCCUGACCUUCCACGUGAGCCACAGCACCGUGUUCGCCAACCGCAGGAACUUCCUGUACCUGUACUUCCUGCGUUCCGGCUGGGGGUGGACCUGCUUGUUGACGGGCGGGUUCGUGCUGCUUGUCUCCUAUUCGUCGACGCGGAGCCCCGCCUCCUGCCUGCGUCACCUGACCCGGCUGCUGGUCGCCUCGCUGCUGUGGAAGGGGGCACUGUGGAGCUUCGCGCAGGUCGAAAACGCCACGGGAAGCUGCUUCCAGCCAAUCAGGAGCGAGAUCCCCGAGGCCACGGCCGCCGCCCACAAACACGCAAGCUACUCGCAAGGGGGCGGGGCCAGCGCCAGCUCCUCCCCCCUGCUGCUGCUCAGAGAGACAGAGAACAAGGCAUCUUGCCUGGCUGAGGGCUUCCAGUGGAGAGGGUAUGAUAUCUCUGAGGAUACCUUCCUGCUCACUUUCGCCGCCCUGCUGGUGGCGGAGGAGACGGCCGUAUUCCGGCCCUACCUGUCUCGGGGUCACCCGGCCGGGGUGCCCCUGCGCCUCGUCUUUCUGCUCUGCUCCGCCCUCCUGCUCCUCUGGAACUUCCUGCUACUGUGUGUUCUGGUCUACUUCCAGCGCUACACCCACAAGCUGCUAGGGGGCGCCCUAGCCACGCUGUGCUGGAGGCUGUUGUACCACGGCUGGUACAAGAGCGGCCCCUGCUGGUACUCCCCGGGGCGGCCCGGCGUGGGGCUGUUUGACACACUGGACCACAGAGACAACUAGAGAGGCAGUCCCUCCCUCUCCCUCUCUCACCUCUCCCUCCCUCUCCCCUCUCCUUCUCCCUCUCCCUCUCUCACCUCUCCCUCCC